AUGAGUUUAAUUGUUGUUUCACAACAUAAAGAAACCGAGAAAGAAAAAAAGAAAAAGUGCGAAAUUAAUCUAGAAAAAUUAUCUUUUGAUCUGUUCUUCUCAUUAAACUUCUCACAGUCAAAUUUUUCACAAGAAUUUCUUUUCUUUUAUUUCGAUGAUUGCGCUUUAAGAGAGGGAUUUAAGAUAAUUGUGUUAUUACGAGAUGAAAUGGUGUUAGAUGAGGGCAGUCAUUGCGUGAACCCACAUAGAACUCUAUGGUCUGGUUUGCUGAUCCGCAGAAAAUAA